UCCAUGUACCCCCAGGGAAGUCCCUUUAAGGAUCAUCUUUGUAGUUUUGUACUACUUUUCUAGGACUCCUGGAUUAUAAUUUUCUAGGUAGAAAGCUAGGUCUUUUAUUUUUAGGGCCUUGAACUGACAAGUAUAAAAAUGUACAAUCUGAUUAUCAACAAAUACUUUGUACAGACCAAUAAUAUAAGUACAAGUUAACAAAAUCACUAUUGAAAUGUGACAUAUUUUUAAUUAGCAGGUAGGUAAUGGCUUUGCUUAAUGGGGUUCACAGCAAAAAAAGAUUGCUGUGUUCUGUUCCUUGUUUUUUAGGCUCUGUUUCUCAAACACAUCUUCAUAUUUUGGAAUAAGCAAAAUUUAAUCUGAGCUUUAUAACUUGUUUGGAUUUAAGAAAUGUAAGGAGGAGUUCCAUUCUAACCAAAUUCUUCCUGACACGACAGUUCACCCUGAUUUACCAGUUUUCAUAGCAUUGUUGAACACAGAGAGUGCCUCUGCAAUUUUCUGACUCAUGUUCUGGCGAGUAGGGAAAAUUGCUUAAGGAGGUUGACAUUAGUCAAAUGUACAGAUGAGAAAAAUUAAUUUUCCCAUAUUGAUCCUUAGAAAAGAUCCCUGUAUGUUCAACCCUGAAGAGGAGGAAAGUCCAGAUUUCACUUAUAAGGAUCCAAUGACUGUAUCUUUAUAAGAGAAAAGAGGAAGAUUUAGACACAAAGACACAGAAGAGAAGAUGCCGUGAAGAUGGAGGCAGAGAUCAGAGUAAUAGAGCUGACAAGCUGAGGGAUACCGGGAACCACUAGAAGUUUCAGGUAACCUGUGGAAGUGAAGUUGUGAAGGAUGGGUAAAGACUUUCGUUACUAUUUCCAGCACCCCUGGUCUCGCAUGAUCGUGGCUUACUUGGUGAUCUUCUUUAACUUCUUAAUAUUUGCGGAGGACCCAGUUUCUCAUAGCCAAACAGAAGCCAAUGUUAUUGUUGUUGGAAACUGUUUUUCAUUUGUAACAAAUAAAUAUCCUCGAGGAGUUGGCUGGAGGCUUCUGAAGGUGCUUCUAUGGCUGCUUGCCAUUCUCAUAGGACUAAUAGCUGGCAAAUUUCUAUUCCAUCAGCGUUUGUUUGGUCAGUUGCUCCGGUUAAAAAUGUUUCGUGAGGAUCAUGGAUCAUGGAUGACAAUGUUCUUCAGCACAAUUCUCUUUCUCUUCAUCUUUUCUCACAUAUACAACACGAUCCUUCUAAUGGAUGGGACAAUGGGAUGGUGGGACAAGCUCAUCUGGUGUGACGAGACUCGUUGUUCCCCCAGAAUGUGAAACAUGCCAAAACCUAAGUCAACCAUCGUUUCAGGCAAAUCUGACAGCAGUCUGACUUUCUGAGUGACUGCAUACUGGCACUUCUCAGUUGGAAGAUCCAUUAUUAUUUCCCAAGCAUGCACACCGACAGCAGCCCCAAAAGGAGGCAGCGUAGAAACCACAGCUGUGAGAAGGUGCUGACUCAUUCAUGCUUGCACAGUUAAAAAGCCCUGGAAUCAGGACC